CCUUCUUAGUACUACUUAAGCAGGGCUUUCUCGAUGGCGGGCCUUUGGCCAUGGCCGGUAUCACACCGUCUUGUCUUAAUCGUGAUCUUCUUUUUUGCUGUAACAGAUUGCCUUUUGUCAAAGCGACAACGAAUAGUCCACGUUUCAGUAUUUGGAAAUGACGCUGAUGACUGCGGGGCCAUAGGGAAACCAUGUCGAACAAUAGCAGUGGCAGCUUCACGGGUUGCCUCGGGAGGGAUCAUUAUGCUGAAUGGAACCGGAGCAGAACAGAGACCAUUCGACUGUAAAAAGCCAAUAACGUGGGGUCAGCGAGGUAUCUGGAUAAGAAGGAAUGUAACAAUAACUAGUUUAGACCUUACCCGAGCCUGCAUACGAUGCCUGACGGGGUUUCAUUUUUAUCGGUCAAACCGAGAUCUACGAGUCUCAUUAGCUGGAAUAACAUUCCUUGAAACACCCCUGAGAUUUAAAGACUGUUUUGAAAUCACACUUAUCAACUGCACUCAUCAGAACGCUAAAGAAGCUGUCACUGUUCGCUCUACCAAUACCUCAACAGCAAAUCUCACCAUUCGUGGUUCUCUGUUUCAGAAUAACUCUCUUUGUGUGAAAAUACAAUUUUUUGAAGGCUCUGGGACAGACCUGAAGUUCUCUUUGGAUAUCAAGGACACUAAAUUCCUGAAGAAUGGGUUUUUAGAUCAUUUUAAAACUCUAUUCAGGGGCGCUGUCGAAUUUUCAAACGAAGGUAAUCUUUUCCGCAAGAUUUAUCCGUCUAUCGCUGUUGAAAAGGUAAGGUCCGCUGACAGUGGCGGCCAUUUUCUAAAGAUCGACCUCCCCACAGCUAUUACGUCAGAAAAGUACGAUGACGUCGUCCUUGAGCGGAACAACUUCGAUUUCUCUCAGAGAAAGUCUCGUAGUCUUUACUUUUCAAGAGUGUUGAGAGCCAGAGUAACGUUCGAUCGUUUGCAAUGCAAGGAUAAUUAUCAGGUUAUGUGUGUAAAAAUCGACGGAAGGACAAAUGCAACAGUUUUUGUCAGAGUCCACGAUUCAUGUUUUCACAAUAACAGCGCAUACCAAGCGGAUAAGUUGUGGUCUGCAAUCUUUCGAGUGGUGGGAAGUGAAGGUCAUUCUGGAAACGUUACAAUUUCUAAUACGCUUUUUGUCAAAAAUAACCUAACGGCUAUAGGCAUAACUCCUAAUUUUUAUUUUACUUUAGUUAACGUAACGGUGUCUUCUUCACUGAACGGUUUGCGCAUCAUCUCCUGGGACCGGCGGAAUGAAAACAACUUUAAUCUAAGUGUUACUAUCGAAGGCUGCAAAUUCCAGAAAAACAUUCACGACAUAUAUGGGUUAUUGAACAACACCAUAAAUAUCUUCUUUCGGAUGACCAACACGCUGUUUGACGGUAAAGAAAUAAAAAGACAUGAAAACUCCACUUUUGGAAUUCGUCUCAUUACUCCUCACUUGGAGAGGAAAAAUUUUUCUGAAACUGCAAUUGAAUUAGAAGAUGUGACCUUCAAAGGCAAGCCUAGCAAUUCGUUUACGUUUACCUCCGAGGGUAAAAAGACCAUUGUUGUUCGCCGUUGUUUGUUUCGAGACGGGUUUGGUCUUGAAAUAGACCAAUGGAAGAGAGUACAUCACAAACACAUUCCCACUUAUACGACUAGUCAAGGAGCACUCUUACUGCUUUUCAAUACGGAUGCAUUAGAGAACAGGGGAUGUGUUGACAAUGGCGUGACAAAUAAUACCCAUCGCACGUGGAAAUACUCCAGUCACGUCUUGUUCGAGGACACGUUGUUUCAAAACAACCUUGGACACAUUGCAGGAGCUGUUCAAAUCAUUAAUGGCUAUGUUAAAUUUCAGAGAUGCAAGUUUAUUAAUAACUUCUCCGAGAGAAACACAGGACAGAUUUAUGUUGGAUACGGAAGUGCCAAAGUUGAGUUCAACAGCUGCGUGUUCAAACGAACAAAACUAAGCAAGAAAUUCCGUGGGAUUGCGUUUACUUUCAGCAGAUUUUUUUAUUCAGAAAGUGGAGGCCCGAUAAAAGUACUCAACACCUCUUUUUAUUCCGGUAUGGGCAACAGGCUUACGCCAGGAUCUGUUCUACAAAUUACAUCUGGAGGCUACUUCGAGAUGGACUCCAGCUCGACAAUCCAAUGUGCAGUUGGCAGCGAACUCCAAUUCUCCAAUUUCUCUCAUUUUAUUUACGACGGAGGAGAAGACAGUCAUUUUUGUCGAAUCAAUUUAACAACUGAGAUAUUCUCUUGCAAAAUGUGUCCCCCUAAAAUGUACAGUCUUCAAAGUGGAUUUUCUAGAGGACUUAAAGUCAGUAAAGGAUUCAGAUGUCAAGAGUGUCCUUUUGGUGCUCACUGCAAUGGACCCAACAACAUUCUGGCAAAGCUCAAUUUCUGGGGUUACAAAAUCCCCAACGCUAGUAACUUUUCGUCACUGAAAUUCGUGCCUUGUCCAUGGGAGUAUUGUCUUCCUCAAUCGAUAUAUAAAUAUCACGGUAAUGAUUACAACAAGUGCCGUGGCUUUAGGUCUGGUAUCAUGUGCGGGAGAUGUGCCACAGGAUACUCAGAAACGCUUUUUUCGUCAGAAUGUCGACAAUCCCACAAAUGUAAAUGGAAUUAUCUCUGGGUUCUAAUGGGACUUUACACCGUGUUGUUAACCAUUUAUCUUUUGAAGAAGCCCCCACUCGUUUUGUAUUUGAAACGUCAAAUUCUGUGGUUUAAAACAGAAGGGCAGGCCCCUUUGGAGAUAGAGGAACGCUUAUCUCUUCAUAGAGCUGAAGAUCCCGAGUAUGGUUAUUUAAGGAUCGUAUUUUAUUUCUACCAAGUUGCACAGUUGCUUCUCACUGAUUCAUUGGAGGACAUUUUGGCAAAAGUUCCUUAUAUUUCCACCUUAGUUGCGGCCUUUAACUUUAAGGUCCGUGUUUUGGACGAAAACAUCGGCUGCCCAUUUGCUGGCCUCACAGCAGUGACCAAAGAGCUGUUCUUAUCUGCCCUUGUUUUCGCUGCCAUUGCACAUGUCUUCAUAGUUUACUGUCUUCACAGGUCGCUGAAUUUGGUAAUAGACAAGGGAAGACCAUCAUUCACUCAUUACGUCGCGGUUGCUGUGGAGAUUUUGUUGCUAGGCUACGAGCGCCUCGCUGAAACAUCUCUUAAGCUCUUGCAGUGUGUCCCCAUUGGCUCCAAAUGGCGCCUUACCAUCGACGGCAACACCGUUUGCUGGCAAUGGUGGCAGCAUGGCCUUUUGGCAUAUAUUAUUAUAUUUGUGGUCCCGUUUGUUGGCGUUCUUUAUUGGGGUUCUGGCAAGCUUUACGCCAAAGCUAUUACAUGGAAAGAGUUUGUCGGCGCUUGCAUUGUUCCCCUUCCAUUUCUCGUUCGCUGGUUCCUACAAAGUGCCUGCAAUAGACAGCCCGGUAGCCAAACUCAAUUGCGUCACGAAUGCACCGACGAAAUAUCAAAGAUAUUGCAUGGUCCCUUCCGCCCACCAAGUAAAAAUGAUCGCGGUGUUCUUUACUGGGAAAGUGUUUUGAUAGGCAGCCGGCUCGUCCUUUUGACAUUUCGUGCCUUCAUUCUAAAUUCCAUGAUUUGCUUCCUCUGCUUGUCCGUGGCCUGUAUUCUGAUGUUAGUCCAUCAUCUCGUCAAGAAACCCUUCCGUCACCCUUCGGCAGAAAAACUCGGAACGUUGUCUUUGAUCACGUUGGCCUGCAUAGCUGUAAUGAACCUUACAACGGCCACUCUUUCUUCUUCAGCCACCAAACCCGAGGGGCCCAACAAACAUAUCAUGGUGGUGUUUCGAUGGAUAGUGGUUAUCUUACUCUGCUUAUUUCCUGCGCUGGUUGUUCUCCUUGCACUUUUCGCACUAGUGUCACAACUGGCCCGUCUUGCUUUGUUCCUCAAGAGGAAGACAUGCGCAUUUUUUUGCGCGAUAAAAUUUCACUACGAGUUUCUGGACGAAAGUACCGCUUUGCUGACUGAUUGAUGAGGAGAAACAAUUUCAGUAUUUGAGAAACUACGCACCAGCCCCACCCCCUAACCCAGCAUUGACUCUACGUCGUUUGUUGUCGGUCGACUGUUCUUAGGUUAGGAGUGGGGUGGGUGCGGAUGAGGCAACCGAGACGUAGCGAGGAAGGGGAAACUUAAUGAUGCCUUUGUGGUUCGUUUCCUAAUAUGUCUUAUUACAGAUUCUAGAGGAACACCGCGUUUUAUAAUCAUCAAAGUAAACGAGAUUUAGAUAAUCGUGUAAGUCAUACGUUCCAAAGUACGUCAUUUUAAAGGGAAAUCAGGCUGAUGGAUGCAUUUGAUUAAUAACUGAACUCUUUUACCUCCCGAAAGUGAUCAAAGGGAACUUCUCUUCAGAAGAUCCAGACUAGUAAUGAGAAGACCUAAACUUAUCUGGUAGAAAUUGUUUUCUUGAUCUAAACCAAAUUCUCAUAAAUAAGUCAUAAGUAAAUAAGUUGCCGCUACUGGGAAGAGUUCAAAUUCAGAUCUUUUAAGUGUUACAGGGUUCAGUGAAAAUUGUGAAAGAUUUAAUAAAAUAAACUUAGAAUAAA